CCCGUCCAGGAGGUAGAGCGACGUUGGGUGGAAUAUUACGCCCAGCGCUCUGCUGAGUUCUCCCCAGACCUACCACAGCCAUGCAGCCCGGCAGCAGCAGCAUGUGAAGUGAAGCAAAAUGAGGAAGGCGUCCCUAAAGGCAAAAAGUUCUACGUUCUCUCGAUGAUACCCUACCCCUCAGGCAGCGGCCUCCACAUGGGUCACUGUUACACCUACGCCUUAGCCGAUGUUGCUGCUCGCUACCAACGGCUGCGGCUUCGUGCCGACAUGUUGGAGGCUCAAGUAGAAGCGGCACGCUGUCCUACUCCUGCUUGCUCGGCCGCUGUUCAGGAUCAGCAAGGACAAAUUGGGGACGGGCGACCUCCCCAGCCAAAUGUGUUGCACGCUAUCGGCUGGGAUUCGUUUGGGUUGCCCGCAGAGCAGCACGCAAGGGAACGAGGAGAGCCUCCCGCAUCCGUUGUCGCUGCCAACAUCAACGUCUUCAGACGUCAGCUGCAGCGCCUGGGGAUCAGCGUAGACUGGCGGAGAGAGAUCGCGACCAGCAACCCUGAGUUCUUUCGUUGGACGCAGUGGGCGUUCAUUCAAAUGCUGAAGAGGGGAUUGGCCUACGAGGCAAAUGCUGAGGUUAACUGGUGCCCAGCACUGGGCACAGUGCUGGCUAACGAAGAGCUCACACCAGAGGGCCUGAGCGAGAGAGGGCGAUUUCCUGUUGAAAAGCGGCAACUGCGACAGUGGCACCUGAAGCUGUUGGCCUAUGCAGAUCGGCUGCUUGCUGGUUUGUCUUUUCUGGACUGGCCUGCUGACGUUCUGCGGAUGCAGCGUCACUGGAUAGGCAAGGUUGUGUAUCUGCGGCUUAGCCUAGAGCUAACGAACGGCCAGGCCCCUCUGCCUGCUCUGCUUCUGGCCCCUGAGCACCUUUAUGGUUGCUCAGGGGUGGUGUUGCAUCCUUGCCACCCCGUUUCUAGAAGGCUAUAUGGCACUGCGCAGGACAAACACCGUAUCGACGAGUACAUAAAAGCCAGAGAGAAGGGGUUAUACCCUCAGAACGUAGAGAUCCAGAAGGGUGUGUUCACCGGAGUCUACGCGCGCCAUCCAGUUACAAGCUACCUAAUGCCUGUUAUUGUAUCUGACACCUUGGAGCACAUGCCAGAGUUUGGACUGCAGAUUACUGCGUCGGAUGGCGUGCUUGUCUCUCCUGCCAAGCACUCGUUUGUAGCUCCUCUCACUGCUGCAGGCUUGCUGCCUGUGUCACCCGGUGGGAAACCUCUGAGACAGAGACCUGCGGGGGCCCCCCAGGCAGCGGCGUCGGAGGAACGGCUUCGAGGGAUGCAGGCAGACUUGAGGGAAGCGGAAGACCAGGCAGUUCGGUGGCUGGCAGCGACGGGUCGGGGAGAGAAAGUGACGCGCUAUCGACUCAAAGAUUGGGUGUUCAGCAGGCAGCGGUACUGGGGAGAGCCAAUCCCGGUUUUGCGCGUUUGUGGGAUUACAAAAAAGAGUGCAUCUAGAGCGGGGAAUACAGAGGAAGCCAAUGAGGGCCCUACCAUCACAGAGCAGUCUCACGAGGUCGUUGUGCCGCUGCCAGAGAGUGAACUUCCGCUUACCCUCCCUCCCUUCCGUGCAGAUUUCAGCAGCAGCCUCUCCGCCGCAGAGACCGCUACUCCCGUUAAGGCCGAAGCCCCCAGCCAAUUGCUGUCGAGAAAGAGCAGCAUCCAUCAUGGGACUAGGCCUCCCGAAAGUGUUUUUGGGCGUACGGAGGCCGUUGCAGCGCUGGACCGCUACACAGAAUGGGUGUGGCAGGAAGCUUCUUCAUUUGGUGACUCCUUAGCGGAGAAGAAGCGACCCUGUGGAAAACCCCUGUUUUUUCGGGAAACGUGCACCAUGCCUCAGUGGGCAGGGAGCAGUUGGUACCACCUACGCUUCCCUGAUCCCUUCAACCGAGAGGCCCUCGCUAAACCGUCGCUUCUGGAAUAUUGGCUUCCGGUGGACUUAUAUGUGGGAGGAAAGGAGCACGCAGUAACGCACCUUGUCUAUGCCAGGUUCUGGCACAAGAUGCUCGCAGAUAUUGGAGCUGCUUGCGGGGAGGAACCCUUCAAGCGUCUCCUCACCCCAGGGGUCAUUCUGGGGGUUCCACGGCACUACUUACUCAGGCGGGCAGACACGGACGCUCUCGUGAGUGCAGCAGAUGUUGAUCUAUAUGAUGCAGCUGUCGCGUCUCUUGAACAUACUCCUGCAGCGCCGGAGGGUCCACGGAGCUCUCCUGCAAGGGUUACCUGUGGUGUACAUACGCCAUCUGGCGCAGAAGUAUACGCAGAGACCCUCCCACCAUCCUCUAGGGCCGUUAGGAAAACGGAUACGGGCACUUGGGUCUUUUCAUGUCAACAACAAACACAAGGACAAUUACAAAGCUCUCCACCUGCACCAUCAGCAGCAGCGAACGCAGACACCUCGAGGUCUGCCAAGGUAAAAGGAGACGAGCUCUUCCAGCUGCUCACGCUGUCGGAGAAGAUGUCUAAAUCAAGAGGCAACGCUGUCUCCCCAGAUUCGGUACUUGAGGAGCAAGGAGCCGACGUACUACGCAUACACCUCAUGGCAUUGGGCCCUGUGGCCACUACCAAGGUCUGGCGAGAGGAGGGCCUCUCAGGGGCUUCUCGCUUCCUGAAACGCAUUUGGACUAUAUUUGUCUCUCCAGUAGGUGCCCAUUCUGCGACAGGUGGAGGUUCUUAUGGGAGUGCCAGGCAGUCCAUAGGGUCUUCGUCCGCUGCACUGCGCGGAAUAAUAGCCAAGCCGAUCUCGGAAGGGGAGAAAAAGGUGCUCUCUUCCCUCGUGAGGGCUGUCACACAGAAUCUAGAGCGAAUGCAAGUGAAUCGGGCUGUAGCGGCGCUGAUCGUAGGCUUUCGAGAGAUUCAGCGUCAGCAGGAGAAGCAGGGAGGAACCCUAUCUGUCAGCGCAGCAAAAGAUUUGUUGACGCUGCUGCAUCCCUUCGCACCUUUUAUAACCGAAGAGCUCUGGGCAAGGCUCCAAGCAGAAUUUGCCCAAGCCUUUCGCUAUCCAUCUUGGACCCUUGCAGCGUCGGGGGAGUGGCCGAAUUCGUCGCCACAUGCAGACAUGACUGACGAGCUGGAAGGAACGAGCGGAGGGGUACAGAUAUCUGUACAGCUAAACGGACGGCACAAGCUUUGUGUGCUAGUGCCUGUGGCCGAAACUGAUACUGCAGAGUCCCUCAUAGAAGCAGUAAAGGCGGCGCCUCCGGUGAAGCAGAGGCUUCAAAGGGAGACAGACAAGGGAAGGGGCCUUCAUAAGGUCUUUGCAAAGCCGGAGGCAAGGCUGGUCAACUUCGUCUUUAGCUAG